AUGCCAAAUGUGGUGGUCAUCGCUGUCACAGCCGUUCUGUUGAUGGUCACCGUGGAAACGGUGCUUUCGGCGAUCACCGCCGCCGACAGUCAGCAGGGCGUUGACAACGGCGCCGAUGGUGGAAUGAAGUCGCUGAACAUCGAGCUGAUCAAAUCGUCGAUACUGAACAAGCUGGGCAUGCAGCGGCCACCGGAGUUUGGCGAUCGGCUGCCGCUGCAAGUUCUCGCGAGCAAGUACAACAACGACCGCGCAAGUUCCAAGGUGGUGCCCUCGAAAAAUCAGCACAAGUCCAACCUCAUGGACGCGACCGGGGAUUUUGGUACCGAAAUUCAGGGCACCAAAACAGUCAAAACGUCCACGGACAACACUAUUAGCAGCGACAACGACGAUUACGAUUAUCACGUCAAGACGCAAAAGCUCAUAGCAUUCGCUCAGACACAUCCCACGGUGCAGAUUCUACAGGAUCAGUAUCCACUCUACUUUGCGUUUUCCGAGCAAACUCAGCAUUAUCGGAUCACCAAAGCGAUCCUGUGGGUGUACAAGAGACGGUUGGACGUGGUUAUCGACAACUCGGUGGUCAUCAUCGACGUGUAUAAAAUCAACCCAAUCAACUUACAACAGUCAUUAGUUUCCAGCAUAAAGCGAGUUCUGAACACCACCGAACCUGUUUGGGUGCCCAUUGAACUACAGAGAAAUAUGUCUGAUUGGUUCAAGACCAUCGAUGAGGUCAAAAACUUGACGCUAAUGAUACAAACGUCCUACCCUAACAAGAACACGACGCACGACAAGAUGCGGUACAUAACCGACGCCAGAAAAAGAGAUGAUAUUAGCGAGAUCCCGUACUUGGAGGUGCACACCCACCACGGGUACCGGAACAGGCGGGGAGCUGCAGGGUCCGAUGGACGGUGUCGCAGGCAUCCGGUGACGAUGGACGUCCAUGGACUCGGUUGGGACCAUUUUAUCAUUGGCCCAAAACUUUCGUGUCUUACUACUGCUCGGGCGAGUGCAGUUCAACAAUGCGGGUGGAUUCCCCGCGACCCACCAGCCGGCGAGAAGCACGACCCACCGCCGAACGUCAGUGCUGCGUGCCACGCAAGACGUCUGGGCUGUCCAUAUCGUACUUGA